UUUAUCCAAAAAAAAUGACAGAAAAAAAAAUAGAGAUAAAGGUGUUGUUUGGGUAAAUAAUUUAAGUAUAUUUAUAGAGAGAGUGUGGUAGUUCUGGUUGGUGAUUGUUGUUCGUUGUCUCUAUUAAUCUUCCUUCUUUCAAAAAAAAAAAAAAAGAAAAACCUUGAGCUCAAAUAUUUGCUUAUUAUUUGCUCUAAGCUUUUAGAUCUUGCCUCGGUUCUACUUUACUUUCUGAUCUACUGUGUUGACUCAAUGUCGAACACCGAGCGAUUCGCUGAGAAGAUGAAAUGCUGAGGAAUUUUGUUCCUUUGAUUGAUUGAAUAUUUCAAUGUUAAUCUGCGAAAAUGUCGGCUUCGUUAACGGCAUUCGAGCGGCCCAGAGGGGGAGCCUCAAACACGGUUUUCAAGAGUGGCCCUCUGUUCAUAUCCUCAAAAGGGAUUGGUUGGAAGUCUUGGAAGAAGAGGUGGUUUAUCCUCACACGCACUUCCUUGGUGUUCUUUAAAAAUGAUCCUAGUGCCAUACCACAAAGAGGUGGUGAAAUUAAUUUGACUUUGGGGGGUAUUGACUUGAACAAUUCUGGAAGUGUCGUUGUUAGAGAAGAUAAAAAGUUGUUGACUGUACUGUUUCCUGAUGGGCGUGAUGGACGGGCUUUCACUCUUAAGGCAGAGACAUCAGAGGAUUUGUAUGAGUGGAAGACAGCUUUAGAACAUGCCCUUGCACUAGCGCCAAGUGCUGCACUUGUCAUGGGACACAAUGGGAUCUUCCGAAAUGACACAACUGAUACAGUUGAAGGGUCAUUCUAUCAAUGGAGAGACAAACGCACUGCUAAAUCAUUGCUUGGAAGACCGAUUUUGCUUGCACUUGAAGAUAUUGAUGGGAGCCCUUCAUUCCUAGAGAAAGCUCUGCGAUUUCUCGAGAAAUAUGGAACAAAAGUUGAGGGAAUUCUACGUCAGUCUGCAGAUGUUGAGGAGGUUGAUCGCAAAGUUCAAGAAUAUGAACAGGGCAAGAAUGAAUUUGGUUCUGACGAGGAUGCUCAUGUUGUGGGAGACUGUGUUAAGCAUGUUCUGAGGGAGCUACCCUCGUCCCCAGUUCCUGCAUCCUGCUGUACUGCAUUGCUGGAGGCUUACAAAAUUGAUGGGAAGGAAGCUCGGAUAAGUGCAAUGCGGUCUGCGAUAUUAGAGACAUUUCCUGAACCAAACCGGCGUCUGUUACAAAGGAUUCUGAAGAUGAUGCAUACAAUCUCAUCUCAUUCUCAUGAGAAUCGAAUGACUCCAUCUGCUGUAGCUGCUUGCAUGGCACCCUUGCUUUUACGCCCCCUAUUAGCUGGUGAAUGUGAUUUGGAGGAUGACUUUGAUGUUAAUGGUGAUAAUUCUGCCCAGCUUCUUGCUGCUGCAAAUGCUGCUAAUAAUGCUCAAGCCAUUGUUACAACUCUUUUGGAGGAGUAUGAGAAUAUUUUUGCUGAUGAAAAUCUACAAAGAUGUUCUAUUUCAGCUGAUUCUAGGAUUGAUAAUAGUGCUAGUGAAGAUUCGACUGAUGAUGAAAAUCCAGAUAUGAAAGACAAUGGCUACCAUGAUGCAGAAAAUGAAGCUGAUCCAGACACGGAUGAAGAUCCUGAACGCGUUCUCAGUGGGAAAUUAAGUGAAAGCAGUGGUUAUGCAGGCAGUGAUCUGUAUGACUAUAAGGCAUUUGGAGAUGAUGGUUCAGAUGUUGAAUCCCCUAGAGACAAUCAUACUCAGGCUGAGAGUUCAAUCUUAGCUGUAGAUCCUCUACAGAUGAGAGAUCCUGAUCCUCGGCUAGAGGAACAAUGUAAGCAAAAUAAAGGAAAUGAAAAUCCAAUUAAUGAGAUAGAUGUCCCAAAUGUGCUACCUACCAGUGAAUUAGAUAUAGGUGAGAUUUGUUUCAAUGGAUCUGGUGCCAGAAAGACACCGUCAAUGGAAUCUGUUGAUUCUUCUGGCGAAGAAGAGCUUGCCAUACAAAGGCUUGAGUUCACAAAGAAUGACCUGCAACAUUGUAUUGCUAAAGAGGCUAGGGGCAAUGCAAUUUUACAAGCUAGCUUGGAAAGAAGAAAACAAGCAUUGCAUGAACGUCGCUUGGCACUUGAACAUGAUGUCUCUAGAUUGCAAGAACAGCUACAAGCUGAAAGGGAUCUUCGAGCGGCACUUGAAGUUGGAUUGAGCAUGUCAUCUGGACAAAUUUCUAGUUCACGUGGAAUGGAUUCCAAGACAAGGACUGAGCUUGAGGAGAUUGCUCUUGCCGAAGCUGAUGUGGCUAGAUUGAAGCAGAAAGUUGCAGAACUACAUCAUCAGCUGAAUCAGCAACGGCAGCAUCAUUACGGUUCUCUCUCUGAUGCAUGUGACCGUUAUCAACAUGUCCAAAAUCAUAAUUCUCAACUGAGGUUUCUUCAGCAAGAUUUUGACACAACCCUUGCUUUUUGUAAUCAUGAGAGGAAACAAAGAACAGAGGAAAGAAAAAGAAAGGAGGAAAGAGAGGAGGCUGCCAUUGUGCGUAGUGGCUGUUGUUCAGAUGUGAUGUGCUCUGACGUAAGAGUGGCGGGAAGAAAUCUAGAUAGAGAAUCCCAAGCUGUGAGAAGGAAUCUACAGGGGAAAGAAAGGCUAGAGAGAAAAAAAAUUCAGCCCAUCUCUGGAAAUGAACAGAAGAAGGGUACUGUAUGUAAAAGGAUGCUGAAAUGCACCAUGUGUUGGGCACCUGGGUCGGUCAAGCAGUUGACUAAUGAUCACACCUCUUGCUUAACUGCUCUCUUCUCAAAUCCGCCAUUGCUACUGGUAUCACAGGAGAGUUUGUCAGGGCCAGACUGGAGGAAUGUUAAAGGACAGGGAUUGGCAGUUGGCAACAGCAGCAGGCAGCCUACUCGAAAGCAAUUUAUGGAUUUGACAAGCUCGAGUGACUCAAAAAGUACUGAGGUAUCAGCAAAUAUGUCUGUGGAUGAGCUUUGUGUUGUUGAUUCUGCCUCUAUCCCAUCCGCUUCAAGAGCAGUAGAGGUAAUUGAUUAUCCAAGACAUCCAUCAGCAGCAACUUCUGCUCUGGUAGAAUUAACAACCCGUCUUGAUUUUUUCAAGGAGAGGCGUUCCCAACUAAUGGAACAGCUCCACAACCUUGAUCUGAACUAUGGCGCAUCCUCUCAGGAUUUUGUAUACAGACCAUCGACAUCACCCCCAUGGAACUAACCGGGAAUGGAAUAUAGUGAAUCUGGAGGAACAAUGUUUGUCUUGACGUACAUCCUAAAUUGUUGCUUAUAAAUUUAUUUCUUUUCUUUUCCUUUU